UUUCGCACGAUCCAACCUCCUCAUUCUCCUCACGCUGUACCACCUGCACUGGGUCCAUUUCCUCAUGCAGCAUAGCUGUUUCCUUCUCAUUUGAUAUCCUUCCCUGGCCUGUACUUGUUUCUUUUCAACCCAUUGACUCUUUGCCUUCACCCGGCCCUAAUCAUUCUCCUUACCUCUUGCAAAUUUAACUUCCACUGAAUAACUCGAUUCCCGAUGAGCGAUACACCCAUCUGAAAGAGAUGCACUUCUUUCCGCCUGCUGAGCCCUCUUUUUCGAAUCCGCUGGCAUCUGCUGGGCUUUCUCCCGCCUUAAUUGUCGCUGCUUCAUCCGUCCAGUCAGCCAAUUUGCUUGCUCUUUCCAGAUUUCUGCCACUUCUUCUGGAUAACAGUUUGCAACUUUUCUAUGCCUUUUGCCCGACUAUUCCUUAAGGUCCUCAUCACGUGAUGAGUCUUCUAGAUUUGUGUCAUUGGCCCUUUGUUGCUGUACCUGUUUCCUUCUCAUGAAGCAUAGCUGUUUCCUUCACUGUGUUUUUUCGUUUUGUGAUUGGAAGGUUAAUCCGCUUGAGACUACUGCAGCUAUAAGAAAACACAAAAGGAUGCUGAAGGAGUUCCAUAUGAAUCAAGAGGGGCGGGUAUAAUGGGUUCGCUGGGUGGGUUAGUUGCAGCUCACAUGUUCUUUGGGUUCUGGUAAAGGUUGCUAGAAGAGUAAUUUAUGAUUAUAUGCUUUCACUGGUUGUAAUCUAAUUUUGUAUAUAGAUUGGAGUAACCUUGUACUCCACGUAAUAAAAUUUAUUUAUUUUG